UAUUAUCAAUUUUAUCAUUAUUUAAAUUAUCAAUUUUAUUAUCAUUUUGAUUAUUAAUAUCUUCUGUAAUAUUUAAAUUAUUAUUUGUGGAAUCGUCUGAGUCGGUAUCUGUGAGUGCUGAGUUUAACCAGUCCAUAUUGAGUGAUAGUGUUCAGUAGAUGUUUUUUACGCUUUUAACCCUAUUUCUAAUAAAUUCCCAAAAUUCAACACAUAACUACAUCAUCAAAGAUUUUAAUUUUUUUUCUCAUUCCACACCCACACAUUACAACAUCAAAUCUUCCACUCCAAACUCCAACUACCCAAUCAACAAACUUCACACUAUUAACCCUGUUAACCCAGUUGACACGAAUAACUUAGGUGACACUAAUAACUUAGUUGAUGUAGUGGAAAAUGAGAGGAUUAGGGAAGUAUUAUUAUCAGUUAAGGAGUGGGAAAACUCGAACAAAUUUCCAAAACCCCGUCCGUUAAGCUCAAAAAACCCCUCGAGUACACAAAAUUCAGCAAAUGAAGAUUUGAGCGAAAGUGACCUCUUGGAGUUGGAGAAAAAGUACCUGGAACCGCAGGAAAACUCAACGUUUAAUCGCAUAAUCACCGAGAAUAUCAGGGAAUCUCAACACAAUCAUGAGAAAAAUAAAGGUAAACGCGAUAAAUAUGAGGACUGGCGUGAGUUGGUGCGUGAGUUUAAGGUGCUUGGGGUCGGUAAAAAAUGCUACGGCUGCGGCGUUAACUUACAAUUCACAAACCCUAACGGGCGCGGAUACGUUCAGGAAUCUUACUUCCACAACGAACUCAGCAAAUGCCAACGUUGCUCCGCUCUCUCCUCCAAUAUCUCAACCCUCCUAUCCCAAUCUCCAAACACUCUCACUCUUAAUAGUGUGAAUAGUGUAAACAGUGUAAACAGUGUAAAUAAGGGGAAUAAGGGGAAUAAGGGGAACAAUGUGUUGGGAAUAAGAGAGGCGUCGAAUGAGACGAUAGGUGUGGUGAGGAAUAUGUUGAGGCUGAAGAGUCGGAGGCGGGUUACUAUUUUGUACAUUAUCGACGUCAUUGAUCCGCACAUCGAGUAUAAAUUACUACAAAUUAUUAAACAACGUAGGUUCUCCGUUACGGGGCUUGCUACCACUCACACAGAUUUAUCCCGUGAGUCGAUUGGUGGCGUCAGAUUUUACCUAAUUUUGAAUAAAAUUGACUUGUUGCCAAAGCACAAUAAGGAGGAACUGGUCCAAUUUUUCAAGAAAAUGAUCAACUCCAAAGUCGAACUACUCAAAGCCAAACAUAUUUUUACUAUAAGUGGUAAGUAUAGGAAGAACGUGGGUGAGUUGAUGGGUGUGAUAUUGACAGAGGCGAAGCGGCUGGGGAACCAAAUUCUCUUCAUCGGACCAACUAACUCCGGCAAAUCCACCCUCAUCAAUCUACUACACAAACAAUUCACUCACAACUCUCUACACAAACAAUUCACUCACAAUACAACUAAUGGUGUGACUAAUAAAUCUGAUAAUUGUGUGUGUAAAAGAGUGACGAGUAGUAUAAUUCCUGGAACGACGUUGGGUGUGAUAAAUAUAUCACUUGGUGGCGGUUUGAGUAUUUAUGACACGCCUGGGAUUUUCGUGCCCAACUCGCUCAUCUCACACGUUAACGAUGUUAACUUAAAACAUCUCAUCACUCAGAAUAUUUAUCCCAAUAAACCAAUCACACUCAAGAAAGGGUAUAGUAUGUUGAUUGACAGGUAUGUGAGGCUGGACAUGAUUAGUGGCCGUGACGUAUUUUUCAAGUGUUACUUCUCCGAUAAACUCAAACUCCACAUCAAACCCACACAUAUAAUUAACCAAUUCCUCCGAAAACACUAUAACAAUCAAGUUCUCUACUAUCCAACCACGCAAUAUCCCACCACUAUUAACUCUGGGAACAAUAUGAACAAUAAUACUACAGUUAAUACUGGAGAAACAUGGGUUGGAAGGAGGAUUGGUGUGGUGAUGAGUGGUUGGGAGGUUGCGACUUGUGACUUGUGUAUAAAAGGGCUUGGGUUUCUGACUGUCGGCGGUGCCCUUUCCGCCGACUUUAACCUCUACACCAUGAAGGAUAUUUCAUGCCACCUCAGACCGCCGAUCUUUCCCAAGAAUAUCUUCCCAUUCGUACCCAGGAAAUCUUAACCCCAAACUAAUAUACUCUCGACUUA